CGCCGUCUUGUAUAUUCCGACAAGAUAUUUGCGUCUAUGUGUAUUCUUUCACAGCAGCCAGCCUUCAUUGUUUUAUAACGGCGAAAGAGUAGAUACUGAUGAGUAUUUUGGCUAUUUUUUUUUAUAGCAGUAUUCUGCUAGUGACAUUUACGUACUUACAAGCGAAGAUAGCCACUACAGAGGCAUAAACAUGCAAGAGCUUACAAGAAAACUCACAGUCUUUCGUGAGAACUUGUCGGCAAUGGACUUGCUAAAACUGGCUGGAGCUGGAGCAGUGACAGUAGGCGCAGUGACCACAGCUACAGCCUUCUAUCUGAUGAGGUGUAUACCCCAGCCACUACCAGCACCAGUUAAUUUCAACAGCCAGAGCAUUGUGCAGGAUGAUGGCUCGCGCAUCUCAGGAUUGUGUAAAGAUGGAAAGCUGGUGGAAUUCUUGUUUGAGGAUGUCCGUACUUUAUAUGAAGGCUUUGUCUCUGGUAGCCAUGCGUCUCAGAAUGGUCGCUGUCUUGGCUGGAAGCCAUCACCAUCAGAGCCUUUCACAUGGAUAACUUACAAUGAGGUGUUGGAGCGGGCCAAAAAUGUUGGUGCAGGAUUGCUAGCACUUGGCCUUCUGCCUCAGAAUAGCACUCAUGUUGGUGUUUAUUCUCAGAACAGGCCAGAGUAUGUCAUUGCUGACUUGGCGCUGUGGAGCUUUUCCAUGGUUGGAGUGCCUCUUUACGACACGUUGGGGCCUGAGGCAUGUAACCACAUCAUCAACCAGGCGGACAUAAGUGUGGUUAUCUGUGAUAUUAAUUUAAAAGUAAAGAACUUGCUGAGCCGGCACAAGGAAACUCCGAGUCUGAAAACAAUUGUGGUGAUGGAAGAAGUCAGCAAGGAGAAUCAGGACACUGCUAAAGAACUGAAUGUGGAGAUCAUACAAUAUAGCAAGUUAGAGGAGAAAGGCAGCAAACAAGAAAACAUCAGGCUAAAUCCAGCUAAACCUGAUGAUAUCUGCAUUAUCUGCUACACCAGUGGGACCACAGGCAUACCUAAGGGAGCCAUGUUGACGCACCGAGGGUAUGUGGCAACGGCAGCGGCCUGCACACAACAGCUGCGUGCAGGUGGGCUGAAUCUUACUUCCAAAGAUGUCAUGAUUUCUUACCUGCCCCUGGCACACUCAUAUGAAAGGCUACUUCAUGCAGUGGUAUUCCAGAUUGGAGGUCAGGUUGGAUUUUUCCAAGGAGAUGUGCGCAAACUGAUGGAUGACAUUAAGGAACUACAACCCACAGUGUUUCCUUGUGUGCCUCGUUUGCUUAACAGAUUCUAUGAUAAGGUCCUGAUGGGAGUCAAUGCAAGUGCUAUGAAGAGAUGGCUGUUCAGCAUUGCUCUCAAUAGGAAGGAACGAGAGUUGAAAAGAUACAUCAUCCGCAACAACAGCCUGUGGGACAAGAUUGUCUUUAAAUCCAUCCAGACUGCACUGGGGGGCAAAGUUCGUCUCAUGACAACAGGCUCGGCUCCUCUAUCUGCAAAAGUUCUUACCUUUCUGCGGUGCAUCGUGGGAUGUCCAAUACUUGAGGGCUAUGGUCAGACAGAGUCUCACGCCAUCUCUAAUCUGCAGCUGGUUGGUGAUUACAGUUCAGGCAAUGUGGGUGUACCCCUGACAUGCUGUGCAAUAAAGCUGACAGAUAUUCCUGAGAUGAACUACUCUGCCAGCGAAAACAAGGGAGAGAUCUGCAUUAAAGGCCAUAAUGUCUUCUGUGGAUAUCUAAAGGACAAAGAAAAAACAGAGGAAGCCAUUGACAAAGAUGGCUGGCUACAUACAGGCGAUGUUGGCCAGUGGUUAGAGACUGGAGCUUUGAAAAUUAUUGACAGGAAGAAACAUAUCUUUAAACUGGCCCAGGGAGAAUACAUAGCCCCAGAAAAGGUGGAGAAUGUAUGCGUUCAGUCUCCACUGGUGGCCCAAAUGUACAUACAUGGAGACAGUUUGCAGUCUUGUCUGGUAGGCGUGGUGGUUCCAGAUCCGGAGGUUUUACCCAGAUAUGUCCAAGAGAAGCUUGGCAUCAAGGAAACCUAUCAAGAGCUGUGUAGACAUCCGGAAGUCAAGAAAAUGAUCUUGGGCAAUUUGGUGGAGUUAGGCAGGAAGUCUGGUCUCACAUCUCUUGAAAUCGUCAAGGACAUCUAUGUGUACCCAGAACUGUUCUCUGUGGAGAAUGGGCUUCUCACUCCAACCUUUAAGGCCAAACGCCAGGAGCUGUGCACAUACUUCAAGCCACAGAUAGAUGCCAUGUACACUAAACUACAAUGACAACUUGGCCUGCAGAAUGCACGUUAAUAGCAUAUGGUGGACAGUGUUUGCUUCAAUGUCAUUGUUGUGUGGAUACAUUUUGGACAUAGUAUACAUGCAUCCACAAGCAUGCACUGUAUGCACAUACAUGCACGUGUUUGGGUGCAUGCAUAUGCUAGAGAAAAUAUGAAUGUGGCCAUAGACAUGGACACAAGGUAUGUCACAAGGCAUGAUGGAGCACAUACAUGCACCAAUCAGUGAUAAUUUCAUGACAUGGUUUGCUUGCUGCAUGAUGUAUGAUUAAGUCUAUAGAAAUUAUAAAUAACAACUGUGCCUGGCUAGUGAAUAUAAUCACCUUGCAACCUUUGGUGGUGAGAAUUACAUAGGAGUUAUUUUGAUGCAGUGUGUUGAGCUUGUAUACAAAGGGGAAAUGGGGGUGGAGGGAUUAUCACAAGAGGUUGUAUGGGGUGCAGUAUUCUGCUCAGAUAUAUAUACAUAUAUAUGGUGGCAUAUCAGUGUAAGCAGUGGAGCAGUAUAUCUGUGGAAUGGUUAGCAUUGAAAUUUGUUACCCAAACAGCAGUCAUCUGUAUUCACUGGUGGGCUAAGCAAUGGUUGGCAUCAACUGUUCAAAAUUUCUGCAGGCUUCGUCCCAUCAUGUGCUUCCAUUCUUUUGGUGCAUGCUAAAGGCCUCUUAAGUAAGUGAACGAAAAUCAAAGCAUCCAUUAGUGUUGGGAAGAUGCAUACAUGUGUGUGUAUAUAUGUAUAUAGCUCUUAUUUACUUUGACCAUCUACAUGCUGGACUGGUAUAGUCAAACCUUGCUGUGUGCACAAUGAGGAUUAAUUCACCAAUCCUUGUUGCUGAAUAACUUCCUUAAGUGUAGUGAGAGAAAUAAUACAUACAGGUAUAGAUAGCAUAGUAUGACUGCUGGAGUGUACUCCCCCUGCCUCUUUUAUAGAAAUUCUUUAGUCAUCAUUUCUAUACAUUCUUUUUUAACUUGACCAAAAGUGAAAUGUACCAGGCCUGUAGCUAUUAUAGCCAGUGAUGAAGCAGGUCCUCAUUCCUCGUAUUCCAUAAACAGAAUAAUUUGACAGCAGAUGUGGUGAGACAAGCACAAAUGAUCUUCCCUUAUUCAAACAAUCAUUUUGCUUAUACUCGAAAGUAGCAUUGCAAGUUUUCCAAAUUAAGUGAAUGUUUCUUAAAGUUGAGAGUAGAGUCAGUCUAGUCUCCAUUAGUCACCUGAGACAAGGCACUUCUGGACAGUAUAUGCUAGUGAGCAUGCGGCUGUAGGCAUUGCUAUAAAAUAAUGUUGGGAAACAAAAUGUGCACACCAGUGCUUGAUUUAUCAAUGUCCAGAAAAGGGGGAUUUUGCAAGUUAUAUGAUUGCUGAUUGGUGUAAUCCCUGAAUAUUUCUUUAAUCAAAAGUAUUGAAGCUUACAACUGUUUGGUAUUCACAUACCAUCUGUCAAAAGUAAUAAUUGUUAGGUGUGUUUCAUAGAUUCCUUUAUUAAUUUUACAUUGGCAAAUCAUUGACAGCUGAGAGGCAUUAGCUGAGAAGUAUUCAGUAACCUUAGGCAUGAACUAGGCUGAACCUCUCCCUUAAUUUCCCUCCUCCCACCCACACUCCCUAUUUAUUUUUUUUUUAAAAAUAGAGAACCAGAUAUAUUGAAGUAGUUGUAUCUGAGAGUGAAAGCAGGCAGUCUGGGAAAUUUCUUGGGAAAAUAGUUUGCAGAUCAUGGGCCAAACUGCAUAAUUAAGGAAAUAAUGAAAUAGUAUCAUUCCAUUGGAGAAGCUUUGUAUCCAAGGGCAUAUAUUUGCAUGUACACUUUGUUGUUUUUUUUAUUUUGGGAGAGAAAGGGGAUACCAUAUUGUAAAUUGUGCAAAAAUGUUCUCUUAUUUUUUCAUAUUUGUAACCAUUUUUCAUUAUGUAAUUAUCAUUACUGUUCUUGACUAAAACUAUUUUGCACUGUUGGCAAGCAUUCUUAAUUGUGACCACACAAAUUGAUAUAUUUAUAUAUAUUUGACCAUUGAGUUAUAAAAAAAAUGUGUCAAUAGUACCCAUUACAUUUUUUUAAAUAACCAAUGGUGUGUCUGGGAUUUCAAAAAUGUCUUAACUGACCACAAUAUGAUUUGCACUUGUGUGUAUGUUUUAUGUGGUUGUGUGCAUGUGUGUGUGUAUAUAUGUGUGCAUGUCAGUGAGUGAGAAGUUAAGCUACAGAUAAAUGCUCUCAAAGAUUUCUUUCACUUUGGAGGCUGCAGUAUAAAAAUGAUACACAUGAAUUUAACAACCCAUCAGAUUGCAGUGUUUACAAGCAUGUAAUCAAUUCUGUAGGAAAGUGUUUAAGUUAUUACUGUGUGACAGUAAUGGGGAGUACCAGCAUGACACUAGUGUGUAUGGAUAGAGGAUGGGAGAACAGAAAACUCAUAAAGUGGGGGCAGGCAUUUUGUGGCUUAUGGUGGGAUGUCACACAGAAUAGAUAACCCCUAUAUCUUUUUUAUCGCCAGAUAUCUCCUAUGUGCUAGUUGCAGUCAGACGUUUGAUCUGUCUGCAAAUUGUAUUACACAAUUUCUUUGUAUGGUCGAUGGAUUUCUUAGUCUUUUCAUUUGCCAUGCUCCAACAUCAGUGAAUGUCUGCACAUCUUUUUUGUGCUGCAUCAUUCCAUCCUGUGGUGAUGAGCCUUUGGAGCUGUUGCACCUAUCAUUAUGCUCCCCCCAGCAGCUGGUACCAGUCACAGGAUGAAUGACUUCACUACAGUUGUUUGUUCUAAGUCAAGUGUUGUCUUUUAUUGGUUUUUAUUUGAUUAUUAAUGGACUUAAUACAAACCUGUAAUACAUUUCAUCUGAGGCUUCGCCAGGAGGUUUCAUACUUCUACUGAUGUGAGAGUUUGAGCACAUUAAGAUAACUUUAAUUUUUGUGGUGUCACUAGAAGAAAGUUUGUUUCAUGUGAGAGUUUGGAGUACAAAACAAACUUUAAUUUGUGUGAUGUUAUAAGAAAAAUAAAUGUUUAACAUUUUUAAGCACCAUGAGCUAACUCGAACAGUGUUAAAUGAUAAUGUUAAAAUUUAUUUGCAUUUUAACCAACGCAGUUUAAAGAGUUGUAAUUUCACUAGCUGUUCUUUGCUGGGCUCAUUUUUAACAAAAGAGUACAUUUGCAGACAUGUUUACCACUAUAGAUCCUUAGAAUUACAGGUGAAUAUUGCGAAACAAAUGCAUAGGAAUUUUGUUAGGCUUUUUUUCUUCUUUUUUUUCAUGGUAUCUGCACUUUCUUUCUUGUUAUCUGUUUUUUGUACACCAGUUAAUGUGAUGGAAGAGUAUUAUCAACUAAAGAUGAUGCAAAAUUUAUCUUGAUCGGCUGUUGUGGCAGCAACAGCCACUCAAAAAGAACACUGUAAGUUUGGUUUAUUGCUUUUCUGUUCACACCAAGAUGUUGAUACCAACAGGUCAAAUGCAUAUGUCUAGCUCCCUUCAUGCUCAGGCAAGUGGCUCCAGUAAAAUAAGGCAGAAUCCUUCAGGUUCAGAAAUUUUGCAGCAAAUACCAUGACAUUCCUGGAAUAAAAAGGUCUGUUCUUGGUGAUGAGUGCGUGUGAUGUCAUUAUGAUAGAUGCAGCUUCAAUAUUACCGAAAUUUUAAAAACAAACCAGAAAUAUAAGACUGUUUUUGUUAUCAAAAUAUUUGACAUCUCAGGGCACUUCUGUUUUAUGGCUAGUGCUGAUAGAAGCUCAUUGCCUCGUCAAGAAAUGUUAUACAUGCUGAAGCAAUAACAGAAAUGCCAGUGAAAAUGAAUGUGCCUCUAACAACCCCUAUAGCAGCCUUUCCAGAUUACAACAUUUUUAAGGUGUUGCAGAAGCAAAACAGCAUCAUCAAUAAAUUUCAUUGCAGCGCUAGUCAUAUCCAACCAGAAAGAAAAACAUUAAAUCUUCUACGUGGAUCAAAAGAAUAGAUGAAUUUGAACACACUGUUCAUGACAAUUAUUUAAAGCAUGGAACAGAAAGGUGUGAAUACACAUGCAUAUCUUUGUUCUGCAACUUAUCAAAGAUCCUGAAGCAAGAGUACAGACCUUCAGUGGAAAGAUUAGUUCAAUUAUCCUAAUGGUAAACAGGUAUGCACUCUAACUUUCAAAAAUAAACAGUUGACAUCAUGCAGAAAAUAUAAAUGUCUGUCCUUUUUAUCUUGUUCUUUGAUAAAGUUAUUAAGAUUUGUAUGGGGUUAAUAGCCUUAUUCCAAAGUGCAAGAUCCAUCAUUUUAUAGUACUGUUGUAUGCAAGAACUUAGGUCUUCAAAUGAGGUACUUUCACAUUUUCAGUUUGGAAGCAGAUGGGCUAAAACGGAUAAAAUGCCAGACUUGCUCUAUUUUCCUGCCCACCCUAGAGAUCCCUGGAAAAGUGAAAGCAAUGGAAGAAGGUUGGGCUCAGCUCUAGACCUGGUACCCCUUUGGCCAUUAGGCAUUGGGAGUCCAUAUCUUUUUCUUGCAUGUGGGCUUUAAAACUAACGUUGAUAAUCAUGUUCUCGAGUCAUUUGUGACUACUGAUCUUCAGGUAUAUCUUAUUUAUGUAAAGGGCUACAAGCAAAUCUUUGGAAAGGUGCUCUAUAAAUCCUCAUUAUUAUAUCUUGCUUUGAUGACGUAUCUGAUUUGUAAUACAGUGGUUUUGCACUUUUGAUUGCCACCACUUUUCUGAGGCCACAAUACCUUAAUCUUAAAAUGGUGCCAGAUAAUAAAUUACACAUAAUGUGAAAUGAAUACAGUUUUUAUUUGUACUGAAAAGUUUGCCUUUUUCUUGGUCAGGAUAGCUUUCCAUUAAGUGAAUGGGACUUUCGUAGGUCUUACUUCUUAGUCAAAGUAACAGAAUUGCAAUAAUUUCAACAUUAAGCAAAUGUUGUCAAGCUAUAAAAUGUGCUGCUUUUGAGGACCGAAAGUUUCUUAAGAAUAAUAUUAAAUGGCAUUUUAAGUCAU